CAUGCCUCCACGCUCAUACUGCCUCUCCUUUGAUCCCCCUAUCAUUUAAUGACAUUGCGGAACAGCCUGAAAGCAUUGAACGUCACCCAAUGCCCUCAAGGACCAUCUCUGUGGCCAGCGGUGUGUUCUUGAACACUGUUAAUGUUUCGACGAAGCCGACCGGACCCUGUUGGCCCUCAGCACAUCUGAGGAAUGAGAAACUCAAAGCCGAUAAUAAGUCGCUGAUUACAACAAAUGACUCUCUUAAGUGUGAGAUGUACGAUGUUAAGGAGAGGCUGCGGCAGAUCGAGGAGAGGCAGCGGGAGACGGACGACGCCGUCCUUCGAUGGGAAAUAGCUACAAAAGUGGCGGAAGCUUUUGGUUACCUGCUUUUAGAUGAAGGCAGUGCCGUCUCCAAAACCUCAAAAGCAGAAAUGGCUAGGUACAACAUUGAUAAUAUGACAGAGCUUCGCUCCCUGAGCCAACAACAUCGCAUACGCCCCAAUACGCGCACUCCUCAAACUACUGCUGCUUCAAAAAUAUACAAUUCUAUCCCGCUUUGCUACCGCCAAAUCCUUGAUUACAUUGUGCGCGAAAAGGCUCCCGUGUACUCAGUUAGGGCGGCUAUAAGUCACCCACAGGUGAAAAAGUCAGACAUCUCGGUCUUUCUAGCUCCCUGUUUCCAGCAACAAAUGAAUCCUGCCACGGAGUUAUUGCAAUCAGUUCAAGACAUGGAGGUCGUAGAUUCGGUGUCUGGGGAGUUGGUUCCUAUGUUUGUGGAGGGCUGAAUACAAAGUUGCCCCUGUAUACAUGGUGACUAUCCAGUUGACUUUUUGUAAUCCUUAGUUCUCUCCUACCUACAUUGUAUACCAACAUAAUACUAGACGACAGCUACCAUACCUUCUACCAAUCAAAUCAAAGCGGUGAGAUUUCA